AUGGAGGAUAAUUUAAAUGGGACCAUUCAUCCGGCUUGUUUACAGGAGCCACCGCUGGCCAUCGAUGUGAUAAAGCAGAUGGAUGCAUUUAAUUUUUGCCUGUAUGCCAUGCUCACCCUCAUGUCCUGCGUCUCUUUGGUGCUGUACCUGGAGCAGUGUGUCUUCAUUUAUAAACACCUGCCGUACCCCAAGAAGACCACCAUCAUCUGGGUGAAUGGUGCAGCACCAGUCAUUGCUACCAUGUCUUGUUUUGGGAUGUGGAUCCCGAGAGCAGUCAUGAUCACCGACAUGACGUCCAACUGUUAUUUUGCAGUGGUGGUGUAUAAGGUGUUGGUUCUCUUGAUUGAGGAGUUGGGGGGAACCAACAAGUUCCUGGAGAGGUUUUCUGGUAAAACUGUAAGGAUCAGCACAGGACCUUGCUGCUGUUGCUGCCCCUGUCUACCCAGAGUCCCCAUGACCAGGCGAUUGUUAUUCUGGCUGAAGAUCGGUGCUCUUCAGUACGCCAUCCUAAAGACGGUGCUCUCAGUCGUCUCUGUAGUUUUGUGGACAAAUGGCAACUUUGAUCUCUCUGAUCUAGAGAUCACUGGUACAGCCAUCUGGAUCAACCCGUUCAUUGGCGUUCUGACCAUCACCUCCCUCUGGCCUGUUGCCAUCGUCUUCAUGAACUCGAACAUGUAUCUACGCAGCCUCAACAUUGUACCCAAGUAUGCUAUGUACCAGUUAGUACUCGUACUGAGUCAGCUCCAGACGUCAAUCAUUAACAUCCUGGCUCUGGAUGGAACCAUCGCCUGUGCUCCUCCUUUCUCCUCACAAGCUCGUGGAUCAUUGCUGAGUCAGCAGAUGAUGAUCAUGGAAAUGUUUAUCAUCACCCUGGUCUGUCGGUCUCUGUACCGUCGCACAUAUGACAAACUUCCCCCUGAGAUACACGACAAUGAGGUGAAUGCUGAAGCUGUCCUGCAGGCUGAUCUAGUGGAGCAUGAUGUGUGA